CAUUUACAGUUGCACAUCGGCUGGUCACUUCUACGUACAGAAAUCGACCAAAAAAAACCACUUUGAACGUUUCAGAGAGUCGAGGGCUUAAUUUCCAUUUCAAUCUCCGUCAUCGAGCUUCAUUCCGAGUGGUGUCUCAGGCCCUGCUUGGAUGCAAUGAAGCACAUCAUAUUUAACUGAAGUGUGAUGGCGCCAGCUGAAGGCCAUCGCUCCUCGUCGGGCUCGGGUACGGGUGCAGGAGGAACAGGAACAGGAGCAGCUACAGGUAGAAGCGCACCCACGACCAGAACCAAGUCGGCAGAGCACCAGUACAAUGCAUCCAACAAAACUCUCAACCAAUUUCUGGGGGGAGGCCGUCGUCAGCCGUCUUGGAUGAAUACUGCUUUGCCUGUCAAGCCGACCCCCCGUCCUGCUACUCGGCCUCCGAAGGAAUUCCUGCCUACACUCCCAGCCGUCCGCUUAACCAAGAACUCCCAACAAUCGCAAUCGCAAUCGCAACCGCAACCGCAACCAAUUCAGCAACGCCGGAAACCUUCUGCAAAUCUCGCGCAAGCAACCCAAGUCACGCCAACAGCAGCGGCAGCACCGGUUCCCUCUCAGCUGUCUCCGCGACCAUCACCAUCUGGUUUAGCGCAGACAACCACAUUAUCAUCAACUGCCUCUGUUGUCCUUCCUUCCCCUGCUCCUAGCGACGAACCGAGCCCGGUGGCUCCUACGUUGACCGAGGUUUCCAGUCCGACCCGGAAUCAUCCACCCGCCCCGGACGCUGCUGCGAUUUCUGCGCCGGUCACUACGGCACAUUUUGGGCUUGUCACCGCCACCGUUGCAAUUGCCACGGGUGAUUUGGAUGCGUACGACUUGAUUCAACAAUCAAACACGACGUCCUCAGCAGAUGGAACAGCAGCAGCCGCCGAGAAGAACGAGGCUGUCAGCAACACUUCAAGUCCUUCUUCCCCAACUAUAGCAGGAUCUGCAGCACUCCAAACCCCGCCGACCCCCGGUGCAUCAUCCUUGACGCCCAUGACGGCGACUCUCCCUUUAUUACCAGACGGGAACGGGGAUGGUAAUGGGACUGGGGAUGGGAAUGGGAAUCAAGAGCCUCCAACCAAGAGGCGACGUGUAGGGUGAGUACAGCUUAUUGAUAUCAUCUUGCAAGAUUGCCAGGCAUCCUUUGAGUGGAACGGGCGUCCUUGGGGCGCUUCAUAAGAUCA